AACUUUAUUUAUCGCAGAAGUAAAAUACAAUCGAGUUGUUCUGCUGCCGAACUAAAAUUGUUAAUUCAACAAAAAAUUGAAAAAUUUUGCCUAGUAUAAAAUCAUCAUGAGUUUCGACGAUUCUUGGCAUCACAGCAGCCAGUUUGCCUGGCCGAAACAGUUUCCAGUGUCGAUCACAGGUGCCCGUCAAUCCCCAAUUGACAUCAAAGAAAAAGAUGCCGACAAAGUGCUUCUUCCCCAGUUCAACCUGAAAUGCGUCGAAGGAGAUCCGAACGCGAACUGGACCAUGACGAAUAAUGGACACACUUUGAGUUUGGCUCCCGCAGCUGGUUGCAAGUGGCAGUUGUCUGGAAGUCUUCUCCAGGGGAACUAUAUCCUGGACCAUUUCCACAGUCAUUGGGGAGAGAGCGGGGACUAUGGAUGUGAACACUUGAUUGAGGGUCAGUCUUAUGCAGGCGAGACCCACUUUGUCUUCAAAUGGGCACCCAAUCAGGGUAAAGAAGUCAAAGAUGCCGCCGCAGUUUGGGGUAUAAUGAUGGACGAGUCGCCUCAAAGUGACCCGAACGCGCAGAAAAUAUUCGAUGACAUCAUCGGCAAAAACAUUAGCAAGGUCAUCAAGCCCGGCUCUACUCAGAUCCCAGCGCUGGACUUCGCGACUCUGGUCCCGGCCGGACAGUCCGAAUACUACGCCUACCAGGGAUCCCUGACAACUCCUCCUUUUGCCGAAGUGGUGUUGCACAUCGUCUUCAAGAACCCAGUCAAGGUGUCCAAGAAGUACAUGGAUAAACUGCGCAGUCUGGGAGAUCUGAGAGGGGGGAAAACGGAGGCGAACUACCGAUGGAUCCAGCCUCUGAACGGCCGAAAGAUUUUCUGGUCCUGCUGAUUUCAAACUGGAGCUGAGUUUGAAGAAGAUGUUGAUCAUAUAAAAAACUGCUUUGAAAUACUGUAGCUUUUAUAAGUUAUUAUUCAUGAUUAUGUAUUUUUUAUAUGCUGUUGAUGCCAUUUCCAGAGCUUAUAUUUGUAAACUCAAGUAAACUUUUUAAACGUUUCAAUAAACUAAACAGCAUAAUUUGAUUUUUAUUAUUGA